AUGGAGGGAGAGUAUGAGGUGGCACAUCGGGUAUCUGAGGCUUUGGGAAAGGAUGUAGAAGAGUUAUUUGUGGCUCUAUCAGCGGCACUUAAGAAGAAAGUGCUUUUGCCAGCCGCAUUAUUAGGGAGAGUGAUAGUUCAUGGAAAUGUGCCAAGUUUAACCAAGAUAGUAGCUCUACGUAUUUUGAUGGAGUGUUUGCAGGUGCCUGAGACUGCUGGUGAGUAUUUAGAACUGUUUUGUAGUGUAAAGUGUCUUUAUGUACUCUCAGAGAUAGUGCGGCGUGAAAUGGAGGAGAGUUUAGCUGAGGAAGUUGUUGAGACACCUCCAGAGUGCACAAUAGUUAUUAUGGAGGUAUUAGCCCAAACUUUAGAACUAAGCCGGGAGCAUGGAUGUAAGGACAGAUUGGUUCUAUGCUUAUCGGAUUGUCGGUCACUGACUUUACUGAAUGCCUGGGCCGGGGCUAAACUCUUACAGGUCUAUGCCGGGGUGUUUGAUCACGAGGAGCCACAAGGUUUGAAUCUAGGCCUAGCCCAGCCUGAGGCAGCCGAAAGUAUGCCCUACCGCAUCUUAGCGGAAGAAGAAGCCUUUGGUACUGGGCACUUUCUGGUGCACCGUCGCAAGCCAGCCUUGUUUGUACCACAGUACUUUGCUACGGCCAAACGAGUACUCCCAACGGCCUACAAGGAUAUAUUUGCUUUUCAGGACGAGUACGGAGUAGUGCAUAACUCACUGGUUAAGUGGCUGGAAGGUGCAGGUAACUUGAUAGGAAUAGAAUGGGUAGUGGGCUGGUACUUAGACGGACUGGUAAAAGAAGCCAAUAAUCAACUAUACGAGAGAGAGCUUUUAUUUGUGCUAGGCCCGGCCUUCCAUUCUAGUCUGACUAAUAGUGGUGAAGGAAAGACGGGUGGGCUGAUUAUGCAGUGUGCCCAUUUUAAGUUACUUGCUGCGGCCCAUCAGUCUUCUCUAGCCAGUGUACGUGGGGCCUGCUCGGUGGCAAUGCAGCGGUUUAGUAUUGGGGUAGUUCGGGGUUUACUGGGCGUGAUUAGUGCAGGGAAGUCUUCGUUACUAGACCGAUUCUAUGCUGGACAGGCUUUAGCUAGACUACUGGUGAUUGUACCGGACUAUGAGCGGAUGGGUCUAGAAAAGGUCCUGGAGAAGAAUGUGCAGUGUUUAGUGGAGUUGUUGGAAAUAGAGCCACAAGGCCUGGUGACUGAGCAUGUGGCUAAUGUACUAGAUAUUAUUUCGUAUAUUGAGACAAUUCCUUUGAAACUGUUUGCGCCAUCCGUAAUGGUGCUGUUGUGUUGGGUGAUAGAGACGGUUCCCACUAGUAAGAAGCACCGGGUUUGGGUCGAGCGGUAUCUUAGAGAGGUCGGUGAGAUGUACCAGUCAGCCAACCCUAAUGUGUUACUGACGGGUCUAGGGUACUAA